UCCAUAGCGCAGCAGUCAGUCAGUCAGUAGCUUUCCAGGGUGCUGAAAGUCAGAGCGCGUCCUCCUCUGUGUCGACUCCGAACCUCCACUACCCUUUUUCUUGCAGUGUUUCUUUCACUUGGACCCUCUGUGGGGAUUUUUAUGGACUCUUCUGUUGGAUGGAUGUGUAUGCACCCGUGUAUGCGCAACAAGAUUGUGCAUUAAUAUUCAUUUGCACCACCGGGGAAUACUGAAUGAAUGUUCAAGGGAUUAAAAAUCAGCUCUCGUUCACCGUUUGGACUUGAUUUGAUCUCUGAGGUGAGUUGGCUGAGGGUGAAUUUGACGCAGAGCUACUUUAACGAGGACGUCAUGUCAACACGAAAUCACACAGGUUAAAAGCAGGCGGAUGUGACAAUGAUGGUCAUGCUACUACAGGGUCGGGCGGAUCCAGAAUGGACACCGCUGGUUUAGGGAUGUCAUCCCUGUAAAUCCCGUUGAAUGUGGAUCUUUACGCCACGGUGAAGGAUGGCUCCCGCCCUCUCGACCGCCUUUGUCCUCCUGUUGUUGUCCCUCCUCGGCCUCGCCGCCACUAUGGUCACUGACCUCGAGGAUUACGCCGGAGACGAAGCGGAGCGGGCGGGUGGUGAAAGCCUCGUGUUUGAUGACUACCGGGGGAAAGGAUGCGUGGACGACAGCGGUUUUGUCUACAAGCUCGGAGAGCGCUUCUACCCGGGCCACUCCAAUUGUCCAUGCAUGUGCACGGAGGACGGGCCCGUGUGCGAUCAGCCCGAGUGCCCCAAACUUCAUCCUAAGUGCACCAAAGUUGAGCACAACGGCUGCUGCCCCGAAUGCAAGGAAGUCAAAAACUUUUGCGAGUACCGAGGCAAAACGUACAAAAUUCUGGAAGAGUAUAAGCCGUCACCUUGUGAAUGGUGCCGUUGCGAACCGAAUAAUGAGGUACACUGUGUGGUUUCUGACUGCGCCGUCCCGGAGUGCGUCAACCCUGUGUAUGAACCGGAGCAAUGCUGCCCCAUCUGUAAAAACGGUCCCAAUUGCUUCGCCGGAUCGACGAUCAUCCCGGCCGGAAUUGAAGUCAAAGUGGACGACUGCACCAUCUGUCGUUGCCACACUGGCGAUUGGUGGAAACCGGCGCAGUGCUUGCGGCGGGAAUGCCUCAACGGGCAGUCGUCGUAGAGAGACUACGGCGGGGAUGCGAGAUCAGCACAGGCGCAGCCCUGCCGACCAUUUUAUAGGAUUGACUGGGCAGGCAGAGCACAACUCUGAAACAAUAUAGGACAAGCGUCAUAUGAUUGUUGACGGUGACGAUGGUCUUUUCCUCCCACAACUUUUCUCUCAUAUUUGCUGAUUUUGACUCGCUUAACUUGCUGCUGUCAAUCACCGUGGGCAACGUGAAUUCAUCAUAGUGAUUGUUUUUGUUGUAGCUGUCUGACACAACCAAACAGCUGGGAAAAGAACUGGAAGCACACUUGUCUGUGCUGGGUUGUUUUGUUUUUUUUCUCUCUCAGGAGAAUCAACACCAGAAAGCACAGAGUGUCAAAUAUUCACUCUGAAAGCUUGUUUACGAGAUGCACACCACAUUUAAACGUGUAUUUUACAAACGUGGUAUUAAUUCACAUCCAGCACUGUUUAAUAAGUAGAUUGUGUUAAUUAGUGCUGCGUCAGCAUACAAUAAAAAAAAAAAGACUAUAAAAGUUUAAAUCUUUGGUGUUGCCAAAUUUACAAUGGUAAACCUAUAAAUAUGUUAAAUUAAGAACUGUUGAUGUUACACUUUAAAAUGAAUUUCACAAACAAUGAAAUCGUUAAUGUUUUGACACGCUGAGACCAUCAGUAUGAGAAAUUUGAUUGCAACUGUGAUUGUCUUUAUGUCUUUUCAUGCGGGAACAAAAAACUAGCAAUGAAAAUUGUCGCUUUUGUUGAGUUUGCCCUAUCAUCAACCAAUUACAUUUUUAGAACAGUCCGGUUCAUAAUAUUUGGGGAGGUUAAACAUUAUUGAAAUUGCAUUGAAAAACAAAUUUUGUUUUUAACUGACCUUCACUGAUGUGUGUUUUUUUUGGUAAGAGAAUCUUAUCCUCCAAAUAUGACAACAAACCAUAUAUUUUCACUCGCAAACAAAGUCAUUAGCGUGCCAUGAGAGGUCCGCUUCCAUUUUCUUUAAUCAAGUCGUUUUCAAUGUUUUAAAUCCUCCAGCUGGGUGCUUGAUGCUGCUGCAGCUGCCUGCAGACGUAGCAGACAAAAGAGGCAAUCCGCAAAUGCUUUUAAGCAGCAUUAACAUGCAUAUUGUCAUCUUGAAGAAGCACUAGCACUCAAUUCCUUCAACUGCAGUAAAAAUAUAUGCCUGUUUUUGCUAAAUAUUCUAUCUGCGUUCCAUUUCAAUAGCACUGAUGUGUUCUGCUAGAUAAAUUGAAGUUUCACAGUACUGUCAAAAUGCACCAUGUUAUUUUGCUGCACUGAUAGCAAAAAUGUCACUUAGCAAACCUCAAACACACUUCAUUGUUUGCCCUGUUAAUUAGUAGACUAUUUUUGAAUUCAUGGAGGGUGAAGAAGAUCUACAUACAUUUAAUUGCUUUCCUGGCAUAUGAUCAACCGCUCUAUUUUUUUGCCUCUAUUAAUCAUUCUAUUUGCUCUUUCAAAAUGACUGCUGUGAAUUUCAAUGGUAGUGGUUGCUAGGAUAUUACGCUAAAUUGUAUUUCAUGAAAUCAGAGGAGUGCACAUAAGGCCAACAAGCUAACAUUUAUCACAUGAAAAAUAAUCGACUACAUUACUGUCUAGUUGUGUCAUACGUUACCCAAGCCCCGCCCCUGACCCACAUCCAGAUGAUCUCUUCCUGUUAACCUUUGACAGCCAUUUUUGGGUGCUGAUGGAUGCGUUGCCUAAUGGCAGCGGCUUGCAACCUAUCAUUAAAUAGAAGUGAACAUCAGAUAAAGACCAAUGACGUAUGAGCGGUUGGUUGAUGCUGGGGGGGAAAAAAAAAUUGGUUCAAUCUCGGGCACAAAAACUGAGCUAUGGUCAAAUCCAUUAUUAAGAGGUGGUGAUUUAGUGUCUUUCUAUGUGAAAAGACAGAGCCAUCUAUCCGGCUUGAGCUAUGGCGAUACUUUUGCUUUAUCAAUCACAACCAUAGUGCUCCCAGACAUCUUAGGGCUAAUAAACUGUUAUUUAUCUUCAUUAAACAUCUCACAACCUUAUUAGAAUUCAGUCUACGUGUAUAUGCUGAUACAAUUUGGAAUUAGUCUACCGGGCGGCAAGAAAAAGACACAAAUGUCUGUGAGUGCUUGACGAAAAGAAAAGGCUGUGAGGAAUCACGCUCACCGCUGAAGCUUUUUACCUCGAAGAAGGAUAAACGAAGGUUGCUCUUUGACUUCAUGCAAGAGCACAAAAGGUUUCAACGUUAAUAAGCAACUGUUGUCUAGACUGGCUGAAGCCUGUCCAAUGGCUAGGAGCAAACGACGGACUGGACCCUGGAGCACUCCACCGGUUAAUUACAAGGCCAUCCCAAAUGAUGCAUUGAGUGGAUAUUGAUCCCACGGAAGAUUACGCAAAUCGUCUACGUCAGCCACGACAUAGCCAACGGCCUUUCCAUGUCAAUAUAGCUUGAACCAUGUUGGACUGUUGACUUAUCGAUUGUUAUUUUUAAAGCAGUUAAUCAAUCGGAAUGUUUUUAAAACGCCUCACGCCAGGCCACCAACUAGUUGCAAGUGAAUCAACAGCUCCUCUGCUGGUUGCAGCCAUGUACUGCAUCCAAUCCAAGCAGUGGAUUCGUCAUCAUUGACUACUCAGCAGUAAAUGUAUUCAUCACAAGUUGGAAAGACAAUAUAAUCAAAGAUUGUUUUAUUUGUAUUACUUUUGUCGGGAAAUUUGUCGAUAAAAUGUGCCUGGAACAGAAAUACAAACACUGUUAGCAUACAAUCAGUUGUUUUCAUUUUCGGGGAGCAUUACGGGUUGUUUUGUGGACAGUACAAGUUGAGUUUAGACUGAAAACACAAAUUACAAAACAACCCUCGGUGCUCCACAUGUUGUUUCGAUGUAAAUAACUUCCAAUAUACUGUAUCUGUGUGCAAAGUGUAUUAUCAUGAUGCAAAACUAUUUUGUUAAAUAGACAUGAAAUGAAGUGUUAUUCUGCAAAAAGGGA